CAAAAAGUGUCUUAUCAACCUAACGACACGUUAAACUUCAAUUAACUUUAACUUUUGAUUUUUUUGGUAAGUAAGUUUAACAAUUUCAUCUAUCAAAUCAAACCAAUGGUUUCUUUAAAUAUUAAUACUGCAAUUGCAAGUGAUAAACUGCAAUAAUUUGUUAGAAUAAUAGUUAAAUGAUUCAAAAAGUCUAUAAAUUUAAUAAGGUGAUGACUGGAUCAACAUCCCCAGAUGGUAAGGUCUCGGAGACAGAGAGCAGUUGUCCUCCUCUGGCAACUGGACGACUAACAGCAGUUAGAAGCUGUGAUCCACCAAAAGGAUGGUCUGUUAACGAUUAUACAAAUUAUGAAGGAAUAGAAACUGAAACUGUCCUGGUAAAGGACGUCAUCUUAAAUGUACACAAAAACACGCUUGAUCAUAAAACACACAAUUACGAAUUAACUUGGGCAAUUAAAUGGGAAAAUGGUACUUCGGAUCCCGCAACUCUUAUUGUUAGAAGAGGCCAAUCAUUCGAUAUUAGCGUCGAAUUUAAUAGACCCCUAACCGAAGAAGAUGAAGCAGCCGUCGUUCUCGAAAUUGGAGAUGCUCCUAGAUACAGUAAAGGGACGUCUGUACCAAUGUCUUUUAAUCUUGGAAUGAGACGGUGUAAAUGGGGUGUUGAUGUCCUAUCAACGGACGGAAAUAUCGUCAAUUUACGAUUAAACUCCCCUCCUGAUUGUGUAAUAGGAUCGUGGAAUCUAAAAAUAGACACGCUAAGAUUGAAUGAAGAAUUAAAGUCUGUUUACAGUUAUAAGCACAAAGUUCAUAUAAUUAUCAUAGGAAAUCCCUUCUGUCAGUAUGAUAGCUUAUAUUUGGAUAACGAAAUGGAGAGGGAAGAGCACCUUCUCUCAGAGACUGGUGGAAUCCUAACCGGAAGUGAAUUUCAACCCGGUAUAAGACCGUGGAAAUUUUCUCAGUAUGAAACUCCAGUUCUCACUUCGGCCCUAAAAUUAUUGGAAACGGUUGACAUCAACUCAAGAGGUGAUGUCAUCGCCAUCUGUAGAGCUUUAACACCUUUAAUAUGCGAAAGGGUAGUCGAAACAAGAUUCGACGGUAAAUACCAAGGAAGCACAGCCCCAACUGCAUGGCUAAGUACCAUUUCUAUACUGGAAAAAUGGCUUGAGAAAGAAGAAAAAGUUCGCUAUGCCCAGUGCUCUGUAGUUUCGGCCGUUUUAUCUUCUAUAUUCAAAUCAUUAGGUAUUGUUACAAGAUUAGUAACAGGAUUCUCAGUAGCUCAUGAUCUUGAUUCCUACAAAACAUUGGAUUUUCAUUGGGAUGAGAAAGGUUCUGCCAUGUCAAAUUUGGAUAGUGACUUUAUAUGGUCAUAUAGAGUCUGGCUGGAGUGUUAUUUUGCCAGAAGAGAUUUACCAAAAGGAAUGGGUGGAUGGCAGAUGGUCGAUCCUCUACCCAGGCAUAUGUCAAUAAGCACUGGAUAUGCUGGGCCUAUAUCAGUUUGUGCCCUAAAAAAAGGUUUAGCUUACGCCCCAUUUGGAACAGAUUGCGCAUUUGGUAGUCUUAAUGCUGAUGUUGUUCAUUGGUUAAGAAGACAGGAUGGAGGAUGGAUGAAAAGGGUUGAAAAAGACACCCUAGCAAAUAGUAUUGGAAUUUGCCAGAGAAAUCCUAAAGGAGUAACUGUGUUGGAUAAGACACAUAAACAUGUUCUCCCUCUCCAAGUGGAUAUCAGUGCUAACUAUAAAUUCUCUAUAGGAAGCGAAGAGAAGAGAGCGUCAGUUCGAUCUGCAAAUUUGCCUUGCGCUCGCACGCAAUUGGAUAUGUCGAGUGUUAACGAAAUAGAAGAUGUAAAAAUUGAAGCAUCUGUUCCAGAAGAUCUUAUUGCCGGAGCCCCGUUCGACGUAACCAUUACAGUACAAAAUUGUAGUAGGUCUGUAAGGAACGUAACCUUGACAAUCGCGGUCCUUAGCGUCUACUAUACGGGUAUAAGGAAAGCGGUAAAUAAGCAGAGAGUGUACGACAUAGAAUUACCAGCCAUCAAAGCUGAAACUCUUACCUUACAUCUAACAUAUGAAGACUAUAUAUAUACGCUGACAGAUCAUCUUUGUUUUGACGUUGCAGUAAGAGCAAGUGUACAACAAACUGGACAACAAUAUGCACAUGUCCAAAGAGGAAGAUUAAAGAGCCCUGAAUUGUCAAUUAAAAUACCUCCACUCGUAAGAGUAGGCGUACCAUGCAACCUAUCAAUAGAACUAGAGAAUACUUUGCCGGUAGCCUUGACCCAAUGCGAAUGGAGAGUAGAAGGACCAGGAGGACUAAUAGAAAUCAUAUCUUGCAGAGAUGUUGAAUCGUACGAAAGAGUUAGUACAACUGUAAAUAUGGUGCCUGUUCAUAGCGGGGUAAAAUCAUUACUGGCAUCCUUCCAUUCUGCACAACUAACCGGAGUCACUGGAAUUGCUGAUGUCAAAAUACAAGCAUAACUUUAAAUUUACAAACAAACUAUAUAUAUAUAUAUAUAUAUAUUAUAGAUAUACAGUUUUUUUUUUUCAAAUUCUCUAUAAAAUUAACUAUUAAACUCAUUAAAACUUCAGUUUUAUUCAUAAAAUCCAAGAAAGUAUGAAGCAGGUUUUAUUUAAUAAAGGAAACUUGUAACAAGUAAUUAAUAGAAAAAAUUUUAAAAGGUUUUCUCCUUUCUUUCCAUUCUUCUUCUUCG